GAAUAUUAUUUAGAAAAUAUGUUGAACUGGUCCCUUCAGGUUGGUUCUCUGCUAGAGAUCUAAGAACUGUGGUUGGUUUCCGGUUUCUGGGGUCUAUAGCUAAUAGGAGACCCCCAUUUGGACCGCUGACCGCAAGCACUGGCGUACAGCUCAGAAUAAGUUCCUGAUUCAAUACGCCUAGGAGCUGACCAAGAUUGAUGUAAUUACUUUCACGAUCAGUACUUUUGAUCAGUGGUUGGACAGAGAGGAGGAUAAAUAUUAUCCCCGGCUGCAGUGGAGGCGGCUGACUAUUGUGUUUCUUCACAGAAUUUUUGAUGCAUAUCUCCAGGACUUCCUUGCCAGUUUAUGAUUCUUCCUAUACGCUGAAUGACGAGCUGAACUGAAACGGACGGAAAAACAAAGUGGUUUAUUUCUAAAACGAGCUGUUAUAUUAGUUUUACCGAUCGAGAGAAAAGCAAGUGAAUUUUGGAACUGGAAAUACUGCUCGUGUCGUGCAGCACACCAGUGCAAGACGGAACGAUAUAAAAACACACAAAGUUAAAAUAAACUUUUUUAUUUCGAAACCAGAAGUGCAGAGUAUAUGAAGUGGGCUGCUUCGACACAGAACUGAAAUGUUUACACAGGAAGAUAUACACUAAGAUUGGCAACAAGUAACACGAUAUCAUAAACAUGGCAAAAUAUAACAAUUUUAUUACUUUAACGACACUGUUAAUAAUAACGGAUUUAUUGGGAUGCUUCGACACUGCAAAUGGACAAUAUGGACAGAUAAAUGCCCCCGAACCUUGCCCAGUUGAGUGUAGGUGUAAGGUCCCCAGAACUUUGACGAAACUUCAAAGCAGGUGGCAGCAGAUUUACCAGAAGUAUAGGCAAAGUAGAGUGAUGUAUGGUCAGGCUAGAUCAUACCCAAGGGUGACGAAACCCGGGGGUCGGGAAAUGACUUGUGUCGGUGUGACCGCCAUUCCAGCUGAAAUUCCUAGCGAUGUGACACGUGUCGAGAUCUAUGGUGACUUGACAUCAAUACUGGAUGAUGCCACACGUGAAUCCCAGGAAGACGUCCAAGGGGAUGAUCCAAACAUCAACAACAUCGGCUAUGGUGGGAGUGGCUACCAUCAGAUAACAACCGUCAAUAAAUAUGCAUUUAAGACAGCCGACAAUGUCAAACAACUUUCCAUUGAGGGAAACAGGGUCCAAGUUCUCCAAGCAAACGAUUUUGAGGAACUGCGUCAUUUGGAACAACUGACCUUUCGAAGCAAUAAACUCAAGGCAAUAUCACUAGGGGCGUUUCGGGGACUUGAGAAUCUCAAAGAGUUGGAUUUGUCAAACAAUUAUAUCAGGAAUCUUCAGAAAGCUUUAUUCUACGAUGUUAAAAAUCUCAAAAAGUUGAAGCUGAAAGAGAACCAGAUUGAGAAACUGGACGGUGGGCUUUUCCAGAAUGUUCGUCUCUUAGAGGUUCUUGACCUAUCUGACAAUCGCCUGGAUAACAUCCCUGUUGAACUGUUUGAAAGUGUUCGGAAUCUAAGAGAACUCUAUUUGGAUCGCAACAACAUUAAUUAUAUUCGACCCGAAUGGUUUUAUUACAUGUCAAAGUUACAGAAAUUGUCUAUCAAAGGAAAUGCCGUAGCAAACGUAAGACCAAUGACAUUUGAUAAAUUACCAAGUCUUAUAUAUCUUUCUCUAUCCGGCAAUGACAUCCAUUCACUGACAGGAAAUAUGUUUUCCCCACUGUCAAAACUCACUUUCUUGGAUUUGAGUGCGAAUAAGAUCAGAAACAUUGAGGAUAACGCAUUUGAGUCACUCCAUGAACUCAGAGAACUCCAUUUGGAAAAUAAUGAGAUUGAUUCCAUGUCAGAGGGAAUGUUCAAAGGGCUUCCAAACCUCAGGGCUUUGAUCUUGUCCCAUAACUAUCUACAGGAGGUUGACCCACGACCCAUGAAAGAACUGAAAAAUGUUAAUAGAUUAGACAUCUCAUACAAUCGACUGAAUACUAUAAAAUACAGGAAUUUCUUUGGAAUGGGAGAACUGAGGGAUCUUAAGUUGGACCAUAAUAGCAUCAAGUUCAUACAGGAUGAGGGAUUCGCUGUUGAAGUUGCCAAUAAGAGAUCAAAGAUUACAUGGUUGUAUCUUCAGUACAAUGAGAUCAGGAACCUGACCUCGAAAAAUCUGCUCGCCUUGCCCUAUGUAAAAUUCCUUAAUCUGUGUCACAAUAAGAUAACACAUAUUGGGGGCGAUACGUUCACCGAUCUCACCAGCUUGCGUUCCCUUAUCAUGAAUAACAAUAGAAUGGGAACACUUCAAACAGGGAUGUUCGAAGGCUUGAACUACCUACACCAUCUGAAUCUCGAAGAGAAUCAAGUGUCUGAACUUGAGUUUAAUGUUUUCCUUGGACUGGAAAGACUUGAAGAAGUGAAUCUCAAUUCGAAUCAGAUUCCACAUCUACCACCAGAGACUUUCUUCGAUACCCCCAAAUUGAUGGUACUCAAUAUGAAAGGAAACAAUCUUCAAUAUCUAGACUUCAGUGCCUUCGAGCCUGUUGCAAAAUUAAGAUAUUUGGACCUAUCGAAAAAUAGACUGAGUCAAAUUACAAUUUCUCCUGUUUAUCGAGGUCAAUUACAAUACCUCUCAUUGGUUGAUAACAAUCUACGUCAUCUCGAUGGAAACGUUACCCGCAUGUUAACGUACACUGGGGUAAUGCACCUCAAGGCAAAUCCCUGGUCGUGCGACUGUCUCCUUAACUGGAUGUCACUUGGCUCUGCAAGGAGACACAUUGCUGAUGCUACUGACGUCACGUGUAAAGCCCCACGUAACCUUGCAGGGGAACAGAUAACACAAUUGCACCCAACGGAUUUUCUCUGUAGAGUAAGUCAACCCGAUUCCCGACCUGAUUCGAGACAGGAAUAUGAUCCAAGACGACGUCAACCUGAGCGCCAACCUGAUCCUAGACGUCAACCUGAACGCCAGCCAGAUCCAAGGCGUCAACCUGAGCG